AACGGAUAAAAUGUUACCCCCAGGCCCCAGUUAUGAUCAUACAUGUGAGCAGCUAAGGGGAACCAAUUCGCAAAGGACCACAGUGCUAAAGCCAUGGACAAAACAAGAGCAGAUCUUCAUUCAAGAAUCAGAGUCACCAUUCAAUCCGUUGAUUCCAUUUCAAAGCGCAUCCAGAGACGAAGAGCUCCAGUCACAGAUCUUAAAGGCUUUCUCCAAGGGUUUGAUAAGAAUGUGGAAAGCAAAGCUCGAAUGUCUAUCCCGUUGUCGGAAUUCAUCCAAUACAGGGUCAGAAAACGCCCUCAACUCAAGAGACGGAUUUGGUCUGAGCUUCUAGAAGAAACAGGAUUUGGUUAAACAGUAUGACUUCUUAUGUUGAAGCUCCUGGCUUCACAACUGUGUGUUUGCUGUAAAGCAGCCACCAAGCUCGGUUUUAAACUAUAUGACUUGGUUCAUAAUCUCCAGGAACUAAACCAAGUGUAUGGCGUGAGAAUGAUGCAACCCCUGUUUCACCUUUUAGUAAUGUUAUUCAGUACCUUUUUAUUAGUAUUCUCUAGCUUCAGUUCAUUCUAUAACAAUAAUUCUUGUCGGUAGUAGCUACUGUGAAAGCGAGUUCAGUAGCAGCAAGUUACGGUGCCGUUUAAUCAUUCAAUGCCUUUACAUUGCUGGACUUAGAAAAAAAAACGAACUGGCAAAAAACUCUUAGAAGGAUCACCACGCGCCUCACUCGAAGAAGGAUGAUGUAUAGUUGUGUCUGGAAAUGCUUAGUAAACACGCAGCUGAGUUUACUACACUUGUUCCCGAAGCAAGCUACAACUCUGGGGACUACCCACCUCCCUAACUUUCUCACCUUCUUCAAUUAUUUUACUCAUUUAUUACCAAUUUUUUUUCUUUUCUUUUGAUUUUUAAAAUAGAAAAGAAUAAAUUAUCUCUCUCUAUUCGUGGUCACUGAACUAAAGUCUCUUCACCGAUGCUCUUAACUCUAUAGAGAGAUUGCAAAUGGGAAGCAGCUUUAGCUAAAUCCUUUCCUUGAAACCAUUCACGGUAGUGUGGAUUUGAGAUCAGGAUUCAUUUACUUUUGCAAGGAGGUGUGGUUUUGUGUAUUGGUUGUGGACAUCAUGGGAAAGCCUGCAAGGUGGUUAAAAAGUGUGUUACUUGGAAAGAAAUCAUCUAAAUCUAGUGGUUCUAAAGACAAGGAGAGAGUUGUGAAUGGAAAAGAGGUAGUGGUUGUUUCCAGGAUUGAAGAAUCCGAUGUGGUUUCGGAUCUUCCAUCCUUUGGUAAUGCAACAGUUUCCACCAGUAGUGCCGUGGUAGAGGAGACACAGAAUACAGAACGUGAAGUGGUUUCAGACGACGAGAUACAACUUCCUGAGAGCCAAGUCCUACCAACAGAAUCUCCAACUGCUGCUUCUGUUGUUGUUCCUGAUGAUUUGCUAUCAGAUUCAGACAAAAUUCAGCAAGAGGUUGCAGCAACAACUCUGCAGGCUGCCUUUAGAGGCUACUUGGCUCGACGUGCUUUCUGGGCAUUAAAAGGUAUAAUAAGGCUACAGGCACUUAUCCGCGGCCACAUGGUAAGGAGGCAAGCUGUUGCGACUCUGUGCUGUGUAAUGGGAAUUGUCAGAUUGCAAGCACUUGCUCGAGGAAAAGAGAUCAGACGUUCUGACAUUGGUGUUGAAGUUCAUAGGAGAUGCUUGGAGAAUAAACUUCCUGAAGACUCUGUUGUUGAAACACAUACUUACCUUGGAAUCAAGAAGCUAACUGCAAAUGCUUUUGCUCAGAAGCUUCUAGCUUCUUCUCCAAACGUGAUGCCUGUGCACUUAGACAAUGAUUCUUCCAACUCAAUCUGGUUAGAGAACUGGUCAGCCUCUUGCUUCUGGAAACCAGUUCCUCAACCGAAGAAAACAUCAGUCAGGAAAACUCAGAAGAAGUUCGAAGGGGACUUUGCUAAACCAAAGAAGAGUGUUCGCAAAGUCCCUGCUCCCAAUCUUGACAGUUCCUCCGCUGGUGCACAGACAGCAUUUGAGUUUGAGAAACCAAAACGCAGCAGCUUCCGCAAAUUCUCAACAAGCCAAUCUGUGGAGCUACCACCACUAGAAGAGCCUCCUCAAGUUGAUCUAGAGAAGGUGAAACGUGGCUUGAGGAAAGUGCAUAACCCUGUAGUUGAGAACUCUAUCCAACCUCAACCAUCUCCAGAGAAGGAGAUUGAGAAGCCAGCUCUGGCUUUGAAAGAGCCUGUGACUGUGAGUACCUUUGAUGAAGAGGAAAAGGAGACUGUGGUGGAGAUACUACACACUCAUGGACCAUUGGAGACCAAUGAAGCAGCACCUGAUUCUCCAUUGGUGAACCAAAUCGAAGAGAGCCAAGAGAAUGUGAUGGCUGAGGAGAAGGAGGAUGUGAAGGAAGAGAGAACUCCCAAGCAAAAGAAGUCAGCUGGGAAGGAGAAUAAAAAAUCAGUGAAAAAGGAUUCUCCGGUUAGUGCCACUACUACUACUCAAGCUGCUGAGUGUCAAGAGAGUAGUAAUGGGAAUCAGAGUAGUACCCCGGGACUACCGAGCUAUAUGCAAGCGACUAAAUCCGCAAAAGCAAAGCUGAGACUUCAACAAGGGUCUUCUUCCCCUAAGCAACAAGGGGCUGAGAAAGUCACUAGACGUUACUCACUACCGUCUUCAGGUAAUAAUGCAAGAGUCACUUCUGAUUCUCCUAAAACAACAAGAGUCUCAAACUCUGGUGGCAAAACCGGGAAGAAGACCGAGAAACCUUUGGGCCGAGAAGGCAACGGAAAGACAACUCAGGUAGAGUGGAAGAGAUGAUGGAUCAUCUGGUAUACAAAGAAGUCUCUAAUGUUUCCCACUCUACAGAUAUGUUACCAUCUAUAAUAUAGUUAGAGUAUGUAAUUUCUGUUUGUGUUUGUGUUGAGAAUGUACAUCAUCGGUUUGUUUUUUUUUUGUGUGGCAAGUUCAUUUUCUGUUUGCAUGCUACAUUCCUUCUAUUACCUUGAAAAUCAACUUUGGAUGUUUAUGAUAUAUGUAUUCUCAACUCU